CCGUAUUAUAUAUCCCCAAAGAAAGACAAGGAAACGUAGCGACAGGAUGACCACCACCACAUUGCCGAUGGCGUCUAUGCUUCCGUCCUCUUCGCCCUCAACCUUUUCCCUCAGGCGACGUUGUUGUAGUGUACUGUGCUCAUUCAACAGUAGCCGAAGCAGUGCCAAGAUUUCCUUACCUCCGGUUAACCCUGGAGACCCCUUCCUGACGAAGCUAGCUUCAGUCGCUGCUAGAAAUCCUGAAGCUCUCUAUAGCCGGACUGUCAAUUCUGAUGAGCCGCCGUAUUUGGAUAUCUUCGACUCCCCUACGCUCAUGGCUGCUCCUGAGCAGGUGGAGCGGUCAGAUUCAUACAAUGAUUAUGAGCGAGAUGAACCUCCCCCAGAUUUGCCGUCAUUGUUGCUCCAGGGUAGAAUAGUUUAUAUUGGGAUGCCGUUGGUACCUGCUGUCACAGAGCUUGUGCUUUCAGAGUUGAUGUACCUGCAAUAUAUGGACCCCAAGAAGCCUAUUUAUCUUUACAUCAACUCUACUGGGACUACCCGUGAUGAUGGAGAGACAGUUGCUAUGGAAACUGAAGGUUUUGCAAUUUAUGAUGCUAUGAUGCAAUUGAGAAACGAGAUCCACACCGUUGCAGUUGGGGCUGCCAUAGGUCAGGCAUGUCUCUUGCUGGCUGCAGGAACUAAAGGGAAAAGGUUUAUGCUGCCGCAUUCAAAAGCUCUGAUUCAACAGCCUCGGGUACCAUCAUCUGGGUUGCUACAGGCCAGUGACGUUUUCAUUCGGGCUAAAGAGGCUAUAAUACAAAGAGAUAUCCUUGUGGAACUUUUGGCCCAUCACACUGGAAAUCCUGUAGAGACUGUUGCUAAUGUGAUGAAAAGACCAUUCUACAUGGAUCCUCUAAAAGCAAUAGAAUUUGGCGUCAUUGACAAGAUACUUUGGCGUGGUCAGGAGGACAUUAUAUCUUCACCAGAAGACUGGGAGAAAAAUUCUAGGAAUUAGAUCCGAUGAUGCCUUUUAAGUUGUUAUUUCAAGAAAAGAAAUAGUUGAAUGGUAAUUGCCAUUUUUUAUUUGUCGCUACUGCUAUUGGCCAUGCUUCCUUGCACGCCAGUGUGGAUCCUAUGGAUUUUGUUUGGUCAUACAUAUUACAUAGCAUGUUUGUUGUAUCUUAGGCACUGUUUGGAUAAUGUGGAAUGUAGUCUAGGAAUGCUUUUGAUGUUUGAUUUCAGCAUCCUCUGCUUUAAUUUUAAGAAAAUCUUAACCCUCAA